AUGACUGGGAGGGAUAGUUCAGGUGAGAGUAGCAACGUGGACAAAUGGUUCGACAAGUCCAACAACGACAUUCGCGACAACGGUGUCGCGUUCGGAGACAACGACCCGCCGUUCUUCAUGCACCACUCGUCUUCCAAGACACCACCAGAAGCUGCUUCAAGACUGCAGAGGCAGGAUGACUACACGAGCGCGCUGCCUCUGAGGACCGAAAUGUUGCGACUUGGGACGGAUGGCAGUAGCACGGAUGACUUUCGGAGUGUGAUCGAUGAUUUGACCGUGGAGAACAAGAAGUUGAAAAGAAAGCUGAAGAAGUACGAAAAACUUCACGAUCCACACAUGAAAGACGAGAAGUUGUUCGAGGUUCGAAUACACGGGUUACCGCCGGAAAAGAAGAGGGAGUUGGAGGAGACUUUACGACAGUUCACUGCAAGCCUGGACAAGACGGGAGCAAACAACUUCUCAACGACCAAGUAUACAGGCCUCGUGCCAACGUCAAAAGUCGACAAAGCAGGAUCCUCGCAGGCGUCUUUCCAGAACACCGAUUCCGCCUAUGCCUCGAUGUCGGCUUCUGGCCCUGCAUCGUCUGGACUGUCUGCAUACGACAAGAAGCCUCAGAUGACGCCUGCCACCCAUCUGGCUUCACGACGUCAGAAUAUCCACGACUAUCUAUAUCACAUCCCGGAAGGACUGCUGCCACAAGAGAAUCCGACAACGCUGAGUGAACGCGCGAAGAAGAAGCUCGUCGUCCGCAAGUUGGAAGAACUCUUCGCUGGCAAAGGUGCACCAGGCUCCGACAAUCAGCAAUCUCUCCAACAGGAAGAAGUGUCGCAGCGUGCUGCCACUGCUGAUAGAUCGGCGAUUGAGGCUUCUGGACAGCGUACUUCGAAGGAAGGUGCUCGUGAGUCGAAGAUCAUGAACCACGAGGCCAGGGAUAUCCAAGAUUCAUCUUCGGACGAGAACAAGCAGUCUACCUCUAACAGACAGCCAAGCAAAGCGUCCUCGGCAAUACCCAUCGCGCAGUCGCCCGCUCAAGGGCCCGUCGAGCAACGGCCUACACGUCCUUUAGAUCUCGAUCCUCACCGCGCUCAGGUACCGACCGAGAAUAUUAAGUACAUGCGUCACUUGGGUUUCUCUCCACCACAUCCAGAGUCUGGGAGCUCACCGAUGGACAACCACGGCUGGAUCUACUUGAACUUCUUGAUCAACAUGGCGCAGCUCCACACAAUCAAUGUGACCGACUCCUUCGUGCGGAAGGCGCUGGGUGAGAUCGGCAGCAACUUCGAAGUCUCGACAGAUGGCCGAAAGGUUCGCUGGAGAGGUGGAGCUUCUCUCACGCGCAACAGUAGCAAUGAUGGUGGCUCGACGAACGGCAGGAUCAGUGUUGAGAGCGCAGAAGGCCAGAGCCCGCGGAAGAGGGUUAAGCUCUCGUACGAUAGCGGAGCGCAGUCGAGGCGAAAGAAUGGAGCCUGGGCAACCGGCGCUGCUUCCAGUCGAGAAGCCAGCAAACACGUCUACAAUCCACUCUUUUCGCACCGCGGCAGCUCAGACGAAACGGACGACUCUACAUCUGAGCCAGAGCCUGACUAUGAGUCGCCCCAGAUGCCGCCUGCCUUCGGUGGCACCAAUUCAGGCAUGACACGAUCUGGUAUGAGCAAUGUUGUCGGUCGCCCAACUCUGGCUCGGAAGCGAGCGCACAAGCAGGACGAUGGACCGAUCAUCUUCUACACCAACGCGCGGUUCUGCACCGACCUUAGUGGCGACCGCAGGGAGUCUGGUCAAGAGACUAGCGAUCCACCGAUGUACACUCGAAUCAGCUCCUCUCCAGUUGGAAAGGCGAAGGCCUCGCCAGAAGCGAGUCGCGAGGGACGAGGCCUACUGGGACAGGCUUUGCGAUUGCCCGAUCCUAUGAGCCUCGACGAAAAUCCCAUUCCAGAGUCAAUGGAGCUGUCCUUCCAGCAGCCGUCACCUCUCAGCUCCGCAUCGCCGAGCCGCGAAGCUCCUAUCGACCUCAAGGUCACGGGCAUCGGUGGCGUUUGGCCUUCAGAUAACUUCACGAUCGAUGUUGAGAGCCGCCAUGCACGAGUCGACCGGUCGCGGGAAGCAGAUGUACCACCUGGAGUUUUCUCAAAAGCGAUACCUCCCCGGUUUGCUAAUAUCCUGGACGACGACAAGACAAAGCAACGACCUAGUACUUUAAUACGUCAAGAAUCUACUGCGUCCGAGAUCAAGAAGCUGCCGCCUUCGGAACUGCCCGAGGCGCUGCAGUUCAUGGAUGACGACGACUCAAUGAGCGACAGCGAUUCCGAGGACGAAGACAUGUCCGACCUAGAUUCCACUGGUGCCUCACCACCAUCCGCCGCCCCACAGCUCGUCAACGUGCCAUACGACUCUGACGGCGAAGCGGACGAAGAAGCCGAAGACAACAGUAGCGAAGAGGACGACUCCGAUGGCGAAGUCGAUUUCCUCGCCGCUGCUCGCCAGCUCGACCCCGAAGCCGUUCGACAGCAGGAGCGCGAGUACGACGCCAUCAUGGCUGAUCGACUAGCUGAAGAGAUUCCCGCUGGUAGCAGCGCGGCGACUGCUGGUGGAGGCAGUGGGUUUGCUAGUCCGCAGGAUGGUGUGGAUAAGGCUGAACACCAACGGGCUUCGAGGGAGGCGAGGGUUAAGGCGGCGAACAUGCGGUUGAGAGGUAUGCGGGACGUGAGCGAGGGCAGUGACGAAGUCCGAGACUACUCCUUGCGCGCCCCGAACACGCACCGAAUAUCCGCCGUCUGGGUAACGGCCACGCCUCCAAGGAUGGAUCCAUUGGAGAGCGCGAACCUGUCGGCUUUUAUGGACCCGAAUAUGGCCAAUGCCUCGACGCCGCCUUAUCCUGAGCUGCAACCGGCGCAGGAGGAGGUCGAUGAGGUGUUGCGGAAGAAGAGGAAGGCGCGGGAGCAUAAGGCUUGUUAUCCUUGUCGGCAGAGGAAGGUUAAGUGUGAUUUAACGCGACCAUGCCAGACGUGCAGAGACCGAGACCAUCCGGAGCUCUGCUCGUAUCAUCCGCCCAACAAGCGACAGAAUGCCAAUCAGACAGGUCCGGUGGUCAAGUCGGAGGCUAUGUCUGCGAAUGGCGAUACUGUUACUAUAGGUCGUGGGGAGUUUGACUUCUUGUGUGGCAAGUUAAGUGCACUGGAGCAGAACCUCUCGGAGAUGCGAAGGGAGUUGAGCCUCAGACCUCAUUAUGGUGAAUCUAACGGCGAUACAAGCUCGGGUGCGAGUAACAUCGAUCCUGCUGUCUCUGGGCGCCCAAGGAGGCCUACCCAUACAGAUAUCCAUGGGGUGCACGUUAAGAACGAUUCUGGGGAGAUUGUCCAUCUCGGCGCCGGCUCUGUGCCAGCACUGUUCUACAACCUCCAAAUGACUCAAGGCCAUGCGGAACAACACAAGAUCCAGGAAAUGCUCGGCAAGACUGUCCUGCCACUGUUCGGUCUGGACAACGAAACCGCAACGUACCCCUUUGUGGAUCUUUGGGGAUUACCGCAUGGCUCACUGGCACGCGCGCAGGCGUUGGCAAAAGCACUACCGAGCGAUUCGCAGAUGAUCCACUACUUCCAGUGCUACAGAGAUAUGGGCUAUGUCAUCUAUGCUGGCAUUGUGUCGCCAGAGCAGUUGCGAGCUGAGCUAGAUGCGUUUUUGAUCAACCGUGCAGCUCAAUUCGGGUCGACUGAAGGGGUCACGGAGCAGCAGAUCUAUGGACAGUCGAUCAACUGGCUUGCGCUUCUUUUUGCGGUGCUGGCGAGUGGAGCGCAGUGUAGUUCGAUGCCUCGCAAAGAGCGAGAGCUGACGUCGCAGGUGUACAUCUGCUGCAGCUUUGAAUGCCUUCGCUUCUGCAACUUCCUUGCGCAGUCGACGCUCGAGAGCUUGCAAUCACUGAUUGUCAUCGGUAAUGUCAUGACGAACAAUCUGAACGCCGGCAUCUCUUGGUCAAUGCUCGGUCUCACCCUCCGACUUGCGCAAGGGCUUGGGAUACAUCGAGCUUGUCCUCCCAAUAUCCCAAGGGAGACCGUGUACCCACGGUCAAAGAUCUGGUGGGCAAUCGUCUGGCAAGACAGCUUGCUCUCCAUCAACUUCGACCGAGCAUCUUCGACUGUCCUUGAGGACGUCUGUACUAUGCCACCACCUCAGGACAUCGGGCCGACCAACGCCUACCACGCCGUCAUGUACAGAGUCAGCAAAGUCGCGCUCGACAUUGUCCGAAACCGUUCCACGCCCAUGGGAACCCGGGAGCAGAUCGCUCGCAUCCACGAGAUCAAGGAUGCUCUGGCAACCAUCUUGGUAGAUACCGAGCCGUAUCUUCGUGACUGCACCAAAUGUAGUACUCACCGGGAAAGCAUCGAGCAUUGGGGCCUGUACCUGCACAGCUCCUUUUACAUGUCGGAGCUCUGCAGGCCAGCAAUCAGUCCGAACGCUGAUCCGGAACUGCAGAGGUUGUUCAGGCAGCCUUGCAUUGACUUUUUGGUGAAUACCGUUGAGGCGUUUCUGGGACUUAACAACAUCACGUCCUUCGCUCGCCAAUCAUGGGCAGCCAUCCACCGUGGUCUCGGUGCAGGCCUGCUUCUCGGUAUCCUUGGCGAGCACACCCGCAACGAAAAGGCUCGAAAGUACCUCGUCCGCUUCAUCAGCGUCAUGACGGACCUGACCAACAGUCUCGACCCGCAAGAGGUGUCCGGGCCCAUCCAGCGAGGACUGUCUGCUUUGAGCAGACUGGGGAUCCAGGAGGCCGAAACGUCCCGGCAUGUUGGGGUCUACUCUGCUGCAGGGUCGCUGGAUCGGAUUUCGGUGGCUGAUGAUGGGUCGUUGAAGAUUGAGAAUGCCAUGGUGACGCCGACUUCGAAUGCGCAGGACGAUGGGCAGGAGCUGAGCCCCUAUUCUGUGCUGAACACUAUUCUUUGGGGUAACGACCAGGGUUACCCUACAUGA